UGUUUUCAUCCGAACAAGUAAGUACUUUUCAAUUUCAAUAGUCAACUCUCUUUAUAACCGUAGCGUAUGAAUUUCAGGAUGAAACGUCGCACUACACAGAAAAGUACGCUGCUGCAGGUUAUUCAUGUGGACGACGGGAAGUACCGCUGCAGAGCGGAUGACAAGUGCAGCUACCAGCAGGAAAACCUGAUGCCGGGGAACUUUAAGCGGCAUAUACUUAAAAUGCACCCCAAUGUAUACGCGGCCAUGGAUCUACCUGCUCCGGCACCAGAAAAAGCUGCAGAACCGCUCAAGGAAAAAAUGAAAAAGCUCGCUGUGGAAAUCAACAGGGAACAGGUGCUACUUGGUCUUACGCAGUUGGCCACGGCGCUGCUACACUCGUUUCCUGGAAUGACCGGAUUCAAGACGUUGUUAACCCCCCUAUGCGAUGCCGCCGCAAUCACGGCCAACCGUAAAACGAUUGCUAGUUUGGUGGAAAAAUCAGCACGCAUUGCUCGGGAGCUCAUUUAUAUGAUAGCGAUUGAAGUUGAUGGAGCUACUCGAGGCAACCGUCAUUUCGUUGGCUUCAAUGCCAGAUUCAAUAGUGAUGGAAUCAUUACUAUUCGAAACCUCGCAAUCAAGGAAACUCAAGAAAGGCAGACGAAGGAAAAUUUACAGCUGCUUACCGCAGAGGUGCUGGGUGGCUUCGGAUUAUUGCUGAAUGACGUUUAUGCAGUUACCCACGAUAAUGGCGCGAACAUGGUUGCCUCUGUCGCCGAGAUGAAAAAAUCACUGGAGCACGCAAACAUCGAUUUAAACGAACUUGUGGAUCAUUGGUUCGAGGAUUGCGAAGAAAACGUUGAUCCGUGUGAUACAGGAUAUGAUGGUGACGAUCCGGAUGACCAAAACGAGGUUGAGGAUGCCGAGACGGAGUCCGACGACGAAGAUGAUGAUUUCAAUCCUGGUAAAAGUAAACAACUAGAAGAGACACCCUCGGUCCCUUCGGACUCAUUUGACGCCUCUAUGCAACACGUUUUGGGAAGUGUUCGGUGCGCAGCUCAUACCGCUCAACUGGCGGUAUGGGACGUCAUAAAGCCGUAUGAAAAACGAAUCAAAAAAAUUCAGAAGCUGGUGAUUAAAUUACGGCAGCGAGAGUAUUCCAAAUUCGUUAAACAGCAUGGCGCCCACCUACCACCAAUCAGCAACAAGACCCGGUGGAAUAGCACAUUCCUGAUGCUGAAGUCCCUCUUCAAGCAAAAAACUUUCUUCAACAUGGUAAAAAAAGCGUACCCGGAAGUCGAUUUUAUACCGCAUUGGCAAUUUAUUGGGCAGUUUUGUGAAGCUUUAGAACCUGCAUUUGUUCUAACAUUGCAAUUGCAAAAGCGACACGUCCCGCUAAGCGAUUUUUAUGCGUACUGGUUGGUGUGCCAAGCCAAACUAUGUCGUUUAAAGGAUAGCUGCUUGGCGCAACGACUUCUGAAAGCGUUCCAGCGGCGUUUGCAGAAACUUACUGAGUCAAUGCAGUUCAAAGCCUGCAUGUAUUUGGACCCAAGGUUCAAUUUCCUGGGAUCUCGAAGAAUUUCUUCCAAAGAUAAAGAACUUAUCGAAGAAUUUCUCAUCAAGCUCCACAACAGAGUAAAUGGCAAAACGGAUCAAUCUGCCAGUCCAGAUUCUGAUGACAUCAUCGAUGAAGAUGAGCUAGAGCUAAUAUUGGCAGGAUUUUUCGACGAAGACUCGCAGGGAAACACUUCGGUGACCAACAACUCCACCUUCGCUCAGAAAUUGAAGCAGCUAGAGCUGAGAGAGAAGGUAUCGAUUCUCGAUACGUCGCGUCCUGGUCCGUCGACGAGCGCUGCGAAGCCUGUUCGUUUCAAUCUAUUGAAGCAUUGGGUGAGCCAGAAGUUCGUGAGCCCUGAACUCUACAGAGUUGCCCUGAUUGUACUAUCAGUUUCGGCCACUCAAGUUUCUGUCGAACGAGCUUUUAGCGCCCUGAAGCUGGUGCUAAACGAUCGAAGAAUGAACCUCACGGCCGCUGCUGUGGAAAAUAAUCUGCUGCUGAAACUCAAUCCAGAUCUGCUUCCGCAAAUCGCUGCCAUUAUUGAAGGAGAAGAAUCGUAG